AUGGCUACCACCCUGCUUGAGAAUACACGGCAGCAGCAUGAGGACAUGGAGCGCUUGGAGCGUCUCAUCGUGAAAGACUUUCGCACCGAGACAAAGACAUAUAAGGACAAGCUGCUCCAAAGCCAUCGCGUGCGUGGCUUGCUGGAUGCCCUACAGUCCCGCGCAGCAGCACUGGUGGACAUCUACAAGGAUGAAGACGAGUCUCGCAAACAGGACAUUGCAGCUUUGCGGGGCGCCGACCCCAUCAGCACCUUCUACGACCGGCUGAAGGAGGUGCGUGCCUACCACCGCCGCUUCCCGUCCGAGGACAUCACCGAGGGCGACGGCUCCGAGGCGCUGCUGGCGGCGGCUGAGCCGGCGGUGGCCUUCAGCGGCGAGGAGGCCCUGGGGCGGUACCUGGACCUGCACGAGCUGCACGCCGCGCACAGCAACGGCGCCUUUGCCGGCCAGCCCCUGGACUACCACACCUAUGUCCUGGCGCUGGCGGACUGGAGCCGCGUGGCGCGCCCCGCCCGCACCUCGCGCGCCUACCGCGAGUACCUGGAGCGCCUGGCGGCCUACCUGGAGUCCUUCCACGCUCGCACGCAGCCCCUGGCCGACCUGGACGCGCAGAUGCGGGGCGCGGUGGCCGAGUUCGAGGAGGCCUGGGCCAGGGGCGCCGUCCCCGGCUGGGAGGACCGGGGGGCGGGGGGCGCCGCUGCUGCGGGCGGUCGUGGAGAGGUCCCCGAGGGGGCCCUGGACCUGGAUGCCUUUGACUCCGUGGACGAACUGGAGCUCCUGGGUGGGCAGGGGCUGGGAGCCCGCGUCUCCCGCCUGCUGCGCCUGCUGGGCACGGUGCACGCCGACACCGCGGGUCGGGUGGAGAAGCGCCAGGCGCAGACCUACGAGGAGCUGCUGGCGGAGCAGGCCGAGGCCGAGGAGGAGGGCGACCUGGUCGAGGAGGACUCGGACGAGGAGGCGCCCAUCUACAACCCGCUGAAGCUGCCGCUGGGCUGGGACGGCAAGCCCAUCCCCUUCUGGCUCUACCGCCUGCACGGCCUGAACAUCGAGUUCAAGUGCGAGAUCUGCGGCGGCGCCUCCUACUGGGGCCGCCGAGCCUUUGAGCGCCACUUCAAGGAACCGCAGCACCAGCGCGGGCUUAAGACGCUGGGCGUGCCGUGGUCACGCGAGUUCUACGAGAUCACCUCCAUCGCCGACGCGCUGGCGCUGUGGAAGAGCAUGCGCGAGCGCCAGCGCUCGGGCGCGGCCCCGGGGACGGAGGAGGAGUUUGAGGACGACGCGGGGAACGUCUACAACAAGAAGACCUGGGAAGACCUGCGGCGGCAAGGCCUGGUGUGA